CUUUCCCCUUUCUUGGUGAUGCCUUUGCCCUGUUGGGUGGAGUUUUCCAGAGUGGGCUGAUAGGGGAGGAUGGAGUUUCUUGGGACCACGCAGACCGCCAGUUACUGUGGCCCCAGGAAAAACUGUGGCUUGACUACUCUGCCCCCCGCUGUGCAGGGUCCCAUGGUUCAGGACUGCUACCAGCCUUUUUACCUGCCCGGCUGUCGCUACCUCAACUCCUGGAGGCCCAGCCUCUUCUACAAGAUCUCUGAUGCCCAGACUUGUGCGGAAGAGUGCCCCAGUGCCCUGCGACCACCCACCAUCCUGCCGGUGCUGCGCUCAGCGCUCUUCUGUCGCUACAGCCCCAAAGACUGGGAGCAGUCCAGCCAGCUGCAGCUGCGGGGGGCCGAGGCCUCCCGGCUGUGGGCUGGCCAACUGGCGGGUGACUCCAUGCGGCUCAUGCAGGACAAGGACCAGCUGACGCGUCAGAUGCAGGAGGGCACCUCCCGGAACCUGAGCCAGAGGCUGUCGGACAUCAGCUUCUGGAAGUCGGAGCUGAGUUAUGAGCUGGAGAGGCUUCUGACCGAGAACCACAGCACGGACACGGUGAAGAGGAGGUUGGAGUGCACUGCUGACGAGGUGAACUGCCCGCUGCAGGUGGCCCUGGAGUGUCUUUACCAUCGAGAGAAAAGGAUCGGGAUUGAUUUGGUCCAUGACAACGUGGAGAAAAACCUUAUUCGGGAGGUAGAUUUGCUAAAAUGUUGCCAAGAACAGAUGAGAAAAUUAGCUCAAAGAAUUGAUAUCCAGAUGCGGGACAACCGAGAUGCCCAGCAUGCCCUGGAAAGGGACGUUGAGGACAAAAGCUCAGCCCACUUUAUCGAUGAGAAGUGCUUUAACCUGAGGAACACAUCCGAUUGCAUCAGCUACUUCCACGGUAUGGAGAAAGUCGACGGCACGAUCUCGGUGCCUGAGACCUGGGCCAAGUUCAGUAACGACAACAUCAGACACUCUCAGAACAUGCGGGCCAACUCCAUCCGGCUGCGCGAGGAGGCAGAGCACCUCCUGGAGACCUUGUCGGAUCAGAUGUGGAAGCAGUUCACCGACACCAAUCUGGCCUUCAACGCCCGCAUCGCGGAGGUGAUGGACAUGAAGAACAAGCUGCAGACGCAGCUAGCAAAGACGCUGCAGGAGAUCUUCCAGGCGGAGAACACCAUCAUGCUGCUGGAAAGGUCCAUCAUGGCCAAGGAGUGUCCGCUGAAGGUGGCGCAGACGCGGCUGGAGUGCCGGACCCGGCGCCCAAACGUGGAGCUGUGCAGGGACAUCCCACAGUUCAAGCUGGUGAAUGAGGUGUUCACCAUCGAUGACACCCUCCAGACCCUCAAGCUGAGGCUGCGGGAGACUCAGGACACGCUGCAGCUGCUGGUGAUGACCAAGUCCCGGCUGGAGCACGAGCUGGCCAUCAAGGCCAACACGCUCUGCAUCGACAAGGAGAGGUGCAUGCGCAUGCGCAAAUCCUUCCCCUGCACCCCACGCCUGGUAGGCUACAGCUGAGCGGCACCGCUGGGCUUUGGGGCUUUGUUCCAUGUGGGUUUCAUAUUUUGUGCCUGGCAUAAAAUAUGAAAAGGCAAAAAAAUGAAAUAAAAGAAAAU